UGGCGCGGCUUUUCUGAGAUGUGCAAAGGCCGUUGAGUGCUUUCCUCUGACAAUAUUCUCUCUCCCGUGUCUUCGUUACUGUUCCCUCCGGGUCCCGUGUUCCCCUGCAUCCAUGAAUAUCAGAUCUCUUUUUGAUUAUCUAUUUUAUUUUUUUUUUUUGGGAAAUGGAAAUCUACCGUUUAUUGCCUCUCUCUUCUUUUUUUCCCCUUCACUCUUUGGGUCUUGGGCUCUUCGCUUGCUCUUAUGAUUUCUGUCCUUUAUGCUCUUUCUUUUUUCAUUUCUCAGAAAAGACGGGAGUGUGUUUUUCCAAAACCAAUCUAUUAAUAAUUGCAACUUCUAAAAUGAAAUUUUUUUUUGUAAGUGGAAAUGCAUCAAUUUAUUGCUCACAUUUAUAGCUUUUUCUUAUUUCCAACGUAUCACUGCCCUCACUGAGUAUCCUAUGGAGAUUUGAGUGGUUGCUCUCUCCCUUUCCUUUCCAUUUCUCCACUUUAUUAUCAGUUCCUGUUCUCCCCAACCCAUUCCCAAGUUUUCUACUUUCUAUAUUUUCACAUUGGUCGCAGAGGAUUUGAUUUUCUCAGGUCUAUAUAGUGAUUUUGCAGUGAGCGACUGCUUAGUUGUAUGCUUUUGAGCACUGAUUUUGUAGAAAUGGUCUGGAGAAAAUCAAUGGAAUUCCUUAAAGCUGCUCAUUUGUGGAGAGACAGUAGAUUUCGAGCUGACAAUACGCUUCCGUGGUUUUUAGAUAAUUGAUUUUAUGGCUUAGGGCAUUUCCAUUUGGAGCCAUUUUGUUGAGAUCUUGUCAUAUUUUUGAGUAUCUGAUUCUGCUUUGACCAUUUUGACUUGAGGAUUGAGAUUGCUCCAAUCCUAAGAUUUGGGGAAAAGGGCGAUUGUUCUAUAUCGACGAAGUUUGCUUCGUGUAAUGUGAUUUCUGAUAAAGGAUCAACGUUUUAAGGUAUUUUCAAAGAAGCUCUGGAUUGAAGAUGGAUUUUUUCAAGGUAAAAAAGUUUAGAAAAGCCCACAAACCAGACCCAGAGAGGGAUUUAGAGGAUAACCCUGUGACACAGCCAGAGGGACCAAAGAACGACAAUGCCGCCGGUGGUGGUGAUAUUGUGAGUAACAAGUCUGCUAAUGCUGAUGCUUUAGCUGAAUCUGAGGACGAUGACGAUGAUUUUAUAACGAAUGAGGUGAAGAGGAGGUUGAAGGAGCUCAGAAGAAACAGUUUUAUGGUAUUGAUACCUGAAGAAGAGCCGUGCCCGGAAGAGGAGGAAGAUGAGGAGGAAGGUGAAGGAGAGACGAACUCCACCGAAUGGAGGGAUGUGGAAGCAGAAGGAAGGAAAUGGUGGAGUGGGUUCGAUGCUGUGUAUGACCAGUACUGUGAACGGAUGUUGUUCUUCGAUCGGAUGAUUGUGCAGCAGCUCAAUGAAAACGGUUGUCAUACUCCUUUAACUCCAUCUCCAAGGUCUGCUUCAAAGAAGCUAACAUCCCCCUUCCGGUGCCUUUCCUUGAAAAAGAUUGAAGAACCUGAAGAUGAAAUGGAGCACCCGCAGCAGCCACAAAAGGACCCCUAUGAAGAUCUUGAAACAGCAUAUGUUGCUCAAGUUUGCUUAACUUGGGAGGCACUUCACUGCCAAUAUAGUCAACUGAGUCAGAAAAUCUUGUGCCAACCUGAAAACCCAAUGUGUUACAACCACAGUGCGGAGCAAUUUCAGCAAUUCCAAGUUCUAUUGCAAAGAUUUAUUGAAAACGAGCCCUUUGAGCUGGGUCACAGAGCAGAAAUUUAUGCUCGUGCAAGGAAUCUGUUACCAAAACUGCUUCAGGUUCCAAAUGGAAAAGGUUCAGAUAGAAAGGAGGCAGGUGAAAUGGAAUCUGAUUUAGUGGUCAUGGCCCCUGAUCUUAUAAAAAUUAUGGAGAGCUCAAUCCUUACUUUUCACCUUUUCCUGAAGAUGGACAAGAAAAAGGCAGGCACUGUUCUGAACUUGUUUGGAAAUCAGAACCAAAUUUCAACCCCUCUUCAACUGAUUCAAUCUUCACUUGAUAAAAAAAGGAUAAGGCUGAAGGAACUGUGUAAAAAGAGUAAAGGUUGGAAGAAGAAAUCAUGGCCACAGAUGUACGAGGAUGUUGAGCUGUUGUUUGGUCUCAUAGAUGUCAAAAUCUUGUGUAGGGUUCUUAGGAUGGUGAAGAUCAGUAAAGAGCAGUUAAUCUGGUGUGAAGAAAAAAUGAAAAAACUAGGUUUAUCAGAUGGGAAGUUGGAGAGAGACCCUUCUCCGAUCCUGUUCCCUUGUUAAUAGCCGUGAGGAAAGAUGAACGAAGAAGGCCUAUCGGAUGGUUUAGCUGCAGUGAUUUGUUCUUAUUGUAUGGCUGUGUACUAAACUCACUCUGCUUGGAGGGGAAAGGAUGGGAAAAUGGAAUUCUGCAGACUGUAGCUAUUCCAAUCUGAUGUAUCUGUUUCUUGUUUUUUUUUUUUUAAAAAAAAAAAAAAGUUUUGAGCUGUUGGUCUCUUC